CGGCGCUCGCGCGCGGGUGAGCUACGACGGCGACGUCAUGGACCAUGAGCGCGUCGUGGUUUGGCCCUCGCGUCGAGUCGAGGAUGGCGAGUUGGUGGACCCGCACCUCUACUGGGUCCUCUCGCCAGAUGGUGACCUGUGGGAGGAGCUGCUCUCGGGGGCCUCGCCCGCAGACGGCCCCUCGGGCGGUGAGCGCAUCGCCAGCGGUGGGGCCCCGCCUGCUGACGGUCGGAAGCUCUACAGUUUCCGUGAGCAGCCGUCCCUCGCCAGGCUCGUGGAGUUGGCCGACGAGUGCCGACUAGCGAUGGAGGCCCGCGGGCAGGUUGCUGCCGAUGGGCCCGCCCAUGUGGAACUCGCCUCGGGUAGGCUGCUGGAUGGCGGGGGCGUCUUCCCGUGGGCCGCGCCGACGCGGCCCCCGCGCCGCCUCCGCGGGAAGCAGGCGCCGCCGGUUACCGACGGCGGAGUAGGCGGCGCUCUGGCUGACGCUGCCACGGGCUCGCCCACGCCCCCUCCUGAGGGGCAUGUCUGGGCGCUGGCCGAGCCCGUGGCCGACCUGGACAUCGGCGCGAUCGUUGACCCGUCGAGCGAGACGCUCAUUGGCGCUGGGGUGGACGCCCUCUGGCUUCGGCGCCGGGCGCUUCGUCUGGAGCUGAUGCCGCGGUGCGACGUGGCGAGCUGGAGGUCGCGCCGCGUUGCCGAGCUGAGUCGCCUCCUGGAGGUGGCAGCUCCUGUGGCGGCCGCGCUCGGCUCCUCCCCGCCUGACGGUGCCCUGGAUGACGCCGCCGCCAGUGGCGCCGAGGGCGCUCCCGCCCCAGAUGGUGCUCCGUCGGCUGUCGCUUUGGCUGACGCCGCUAGCGACGACACCCGCGCUCUCUGGGUCGAGUGGGACGACCAGGGCGAGCGAUACAAGGAGUUCAGGAAGGCCGUGAACGAGUCGUUGAGCUACCAGCGUUUGGAGGGCGGCCUGACGUGCUUGCACACCUGCAAGAUGACGCACCGCACGGCAGGCACCCCUCGGGCGUGGCUCGAGAAGUUCUUGCGCGAUAAGAACAUCGCUCCCACCGACCGCGUCGCACAUGAGCUUCGGCCGCUGGUGGAGGCGCUCGAGGAGGCCGGGUCCUUCGACCAGGUUAACCUGGGGGGAUUUGCCUGCCUGGAGGUGAUCGUGCGCCGGCUCAACGCGAUCGUUGACGCCUACAAGCGCGCGGGUGCCCCCUCGUUCGCCAACGCCAAGUACUUGGCUCCACUGGGCGAGGCUGACGAGCUGAUGGCGCCCUCGCUGAGGAGCCACGUCAGCCGCCGCGCUAAGGAGGACUGGGAGGUCGAGCAGUCUAUGAAGAAGGCCGAGGCGGUGAUGCCGAAGGCGGAGGCAGCCCUGAGGGAGCUGCUCCGGGGGCAGUCCGUAUACGAGACGGACUCUGCCCCAAGGAACCUCGUCUCCUACCAGCCCGGCAAGGUCUCGCUGCCCAAUAGCGCGCUGGACUGCCGUUUCAUUGAGGACAUCGUGAGCCCUGGGUGCCGUUCGUUCUUGGAGGAGAAUCACGGGCGAAUGAGGUUGGAGCCGGAGACAGUGGACUUCGACAGCAUGCCGCGGUUGUACAUGGACCCAGUGCUGAAGAGGAAUUCAAAAUCUUAUCGUACCUUCUUGCGAGAUCUUGCUGGACGUGGACUUCUGGGAGUAACCGCCAGACCCGCCGAGUCGGUGGGCCUGUUUUUCGUGGCUAAGUCAAACGGGGCUCAGCGUAUGAUAAUCGAUGCUAAGCGAAGCAACGGCCACUUCAGAACGCCGCCAGGUGUGCAGCUUCUCAGCAGCGAGGGAUUCGGCCGGAUCGAGAUAGAGUUGCCGCUGAGUGUCUUGCCCUCAUCAGUUGGGGGGCAGCGGCUUCUGGAUGCCUUCACUGUCUACGUGGCCACCACCGACGUGAAGGACUGCUUCUACCGAAUGCGCGUCCGCGAGGACCUCGGCCGCUACUUCUGCCUGCCCGCCGUCCCGAAGCACGUGCUCGAUGGGAUUCAGGUGGCCGGCGUCCCGGCGGAUGCUCCGCCGGGCGCCCCCGUGCGGCCCUACCUCGCCGUGCUUCCGAUGGGGUUCACGCGGUCGCUGUACCUGGCCCAGGCCGCGAAUGAGGACAGGGUGCGCCGUAGCCCCAGCCUGUGCAAGGCGAUGCCAGCUGACAGACAACAGCCCUUGAUUCAGGAUCAGGCCGAGGCUUUUGUGCUACGUGCCGCCUCGCGCGAGGUCGGAGGCUCUUGCGCGCGCGUGGACAACCUGGGCGCCGUUUCGGACGAUGCCGACCUCAGUGGCAGGAUGGUGUCCGAGUGGAGCGAUUUGUUCGAGCCGGUCGGCCUGGCGCUCCACAAGUCUGAGUCCCACGGCGGCGCUGGCGAGGCUCUCGGCACUGAGCUUGACGGCGCUCGCCUUCGCUCGGGGAUCACCUCGAGCCGGUUUUGGAAGCUCGAGCGGGGCUUGACUGGCCUUCUCGCUCGGGGACGUUGCAGCGGCCAGGCGCUUGAAACAGUGAUCGGACAUUGCACUUUCUGCGGUCUAGCGGCCCGUGAGUCCCUUUCUAUCUUCCACGCCGUCCAUAAGUUCAUUUCGGUUCAGUAUUUUGACGUGGGCUCAAUGUGGCCCGAAGUGGUCGAGGAGCUCGUGGCUUUUAGAGGGGCCCUUUUGCUUCUGGGCCGCGACUGGUGGCUGCCGUGGAACCCCUGCGUUUUAGAAACCGACGCCAGCCUGGCGGGCUGGGCGAUGGCCCAAAGUUUCUGGGGGCCGUCUCAGGUCGCCGGCGUCGGUCGUGUCAGUGAGCGUUCCCGUUUCAAGCGUGUCGGUGCUCACUCCGCUCGGGAAUCCGCACUCACCUCUGCCCACCUCUUCCGCGACGAGUCAGGCGAGUGGAGAAGCCAGCUUUUAGGAGACGAGCCUCAGUUAGGCGACUGGGAGGUCGUUGCGGAUUUUCCCGAAGUCCCCUGGCAGCUCCUCCGAGGCUCGGCCUGGAAGACCGUCCGGAAGGGAGUUUGGGGCCUUAGCGAGGGCAUUUUGGUGCUGGAGGCCCGGGCCUUGGUGAAGGCCAUCCGUAGGCUUGCCAGGAGUCAGGACUUCAAGCUCUUAGUCCAGAUUCGACGCUUCAGCGCCUAUGCCCUUGCCCUUGGCAUCGCCCCGUACUUUAGAUGGAUUCCCUCAGAGUUUAACCAGAGCGAUGCCGGGAGCCGCGAUCACUCAGAAGUUUCGUCCAAGUUGCUAACCGAUGUCCUGGAUCAGCAGGUUAGGAUCUCUGCUCCUUCUUCUCCCCCUCCUCUCCGUAGUCGUUUCGGCUCAAACUGUAGUCAGGCUUUCCUCGCUUCCGUGCCCGAAGAGUCUGUUCCGACGGAUGCGUGCUCGGACGCUGCGGCGGCCGACCUCGCCCCCGCGGCCUGCGCUGGCGACGACGAGGCGGACGCCGGGGAAGGAGGCGAGUCGAGCGGGUCCGACAGCGUGGUGAACCACGCGACUGCGGCCUCGAGGAGGUCUCGACGCCUCCAGGACUCCCGGCGCCGACGCCGCGCGGCCCUCUACACGGACAUGAUCAUGCAGACCAUGGCCGGUGGGCCCACCUUGCUGGAGCGACUGGCGGUGACUCGCCGGACGAGGGAGCGCUAUGCCAAGUAUCUCGAUCGUUUCUACUCGCAUGCCGGCCUGACCGACGACAAGCUCGUGAGGAGUUCGGACGAGACCGUGGAUUGCUGGGUGUGCGACUACUUCACUGCGAUGUACUUGUCCGGGGAGCAGAGCAGCCUGGGGGGCCAGACUGGAGCCGCCCUCAUCGACCGACACCCAGCUUUCGGCCGACGGGGCGGGAGAGCCCUGCCGCGGACGUGGCGAGCGCUCAAGGCGUGGAGGCGGCUGACGCCCUCGCGCGCCCGCCGAGCGCUGCCGCUCGCCGUGUGGUCAGCAGUGAUGUGGCGGCUGGUGGGCAAGGGCCUCCCGUUCAUGGCCCUGUUCUUGGCCGUAGGCCUCUCCGCUUAUUCAAGGCCCUCUUCCCUGCUGGCAGCCCGCAAGUGCGACCUGGUCCCGCCUUCACGCGCGACAGUGGACAGCUGGAGCCUUCUGACGCACCCAGAGGAGGAGGGCAGACCAAGCAAUACGAAUCGCUACAACGAGGGCUGCCUCCUGGACUCGAGUUACCUCCGGGGGCUGGGUCCGCUGUUCGCCGAGCUCAGAGGGCACGGAGACAGGACCAAGCUGUGGCCUUUCACGUACCUGGAGCUCUCGCAGGCGGUGCAGCUGGCAGCGGCCGAGGUCGGGAUUGGCAAGCUGACACUGUAUCAGCUCCGCCACUCAGGCGCGAGCAUCGACGCCAGCAGGCGCACGCGCAGCCUAGAGGAGAUUCGAAGGCGCGGCUGCUGGGCUCAGGCGAAAAGCAUGCACAGGUACGAGCACAGCAGCCGUCUGAGCGCCGAGUACGAGCGCUUCCCCGCGGACCAGAGACGCCUGUACGAGGCUUGCGAGGUCCAUCUGAUGAGGAUCAUGCUCGGGCAAGCUCACCCAGUCCAGUUCAGCCGUCGAAUGCUGACCUGGCAGUCGCGCGUGCCAAGCUAA